GGGGACGAAAAGAGAAGACAGCAGCGCAGCAUUUUAUUUUGCGUUCAGUAAGCUGUGCGGGAGGUAUGGAGCCGAGCAUCUGCGCAACGAGCACGGCGCACCUGAGUUUAAUAUAAUAUUUAUAGUCCGCUAUUUAUAAAGAAAAAAUAUAUAUUUUAGACUACGGGAUAAAUGAAAAUAACAUGUGUAAAAAGCCUAUUUCAACUGGAAACGGAGAAUAAAAUUACUUAUCCCUUUUCUUAUUUUAAUUCAGUGGCACUUGGGCCUAUUUUGUCUAGCCUUUACAUUGGAAUAUGGUCCUGAUAUUUUCGCAAACCAUUGCCUAGAGCGGGAAUGAGUCGAAUCCUUCCCCGCCCAAAUGAUGGUUGAUUUGGGAAGUAUUUGCGGCUAAACCGUGCUGUAGCGCAACCGACAGCCAGUAGUGGCCAGCAGCAAACAGCAGCAGCUACAGCGGUGGAUGUAGGAUCAGAGUCGGGGCGAAUCUGGGAUUCACUGUCAGAGGGGAAGAAGAGCAGAGGACUUUCUCAACGUUCUGUGAAUCAUGGCUACUGAAACCGUGUCCCCGGCAUGCACUGGAUCCAGUUUGCUGCAACCCAUAAGCGAAAUCAUCAAUCUUCCUCUCGACCAGGUCAACUUUGUGGUGUGCCAGUUGUUUGCCCUGUUGACUGCCUUCUGGUUCCGUCUGUAUCUCCACCCCAGUAAGACCAGUCCCUUCGUCAGACAUGUGGUGGCCACACUACUGGGAUUCUACUUUGCUCUCUUCUGCUUCGGCUGGUAUGCUCUCCACUUCCUGGUUCAGAGUGGGCUCACCUAUGGCAUCAUGAUCCUCACUGGAGUAGAACACAUGCACAAGUACUGUCUGGUGGUAGCCCUGGGCUAUCUCAGCUUCUGUCAGAUCACACGUGUGUACGUCUUCGACUAUGGCAUGUACUCUGCUGACUUCACAGGGCCUAUGAUGGUGAUAACACAGAAGAUCACCAGUUUGGCGUUUGAAAUCCAUGAUGGAAUGUGCCGGAAAGAGGAGCAGCUGACCCCAAAUCAGAAAGUCCUGGCUAUAAGGAGGAUGCCCAGUCUGCUGGAGUACUUCAGCUACAACUGUAACUUCCUGGGCAUCCUGGCCGGCCCCACCUCCUCCUACAACGAUUACAUUGCCUUCAUCGAGGGCACGCUCUGCCGUCGCAGUAAAGACCACCAGACCAACGGGAAGACCAACGGCAGACACAAACAGACUGACCCCUCCCCAAACGUUGAAGUCGUCCGUAAACUGGCCACCUGUUUCUUCUCCCUCAUGGUUUUCCUCUCGGUCUGUAAAGUGUUCCCUGUGGAACGGAACAUCGACGACGACUUCAUCGCCACCACGCCCUUCUACGCCCAGGUGGUCUACCUCUACCUGUCCAUGCUGACCACCCGGCCCAAGUACUACUUCGUCUGGACGCUGGCUGAUGCCAUCAACAAUGCAGCAGGAUUUGGAUUCAAUGGAUACAACAGUGACGGCUCACCGCGGUGGGAUCUCAUCUCCAAUCUGAGGAUAAUGGAUAUUGAGUUUGCCACCAGCUUCAAGAUGUUCCUUGACAAUUGGAAUAUACAGACGGCACAUUGGCUCAAAAGGGUGUGUUACGAGCGCUGUCCCUACAACCCCACAGCGGCUACCUUCAUUCUGUCAGCCAUGUGGCACGGAGCCUACCCUGGAUACUACCUCACCUUCCUCACUGGCAUCGUGGUCACACUGGCUGCACGUGCCAUGAGACACAACGUAAGGCCGUACUUCCUGGGCUCGCCUUCACUCAAGCUACUGUAUGAUGUGAUCACGUGGGCGGGCACCCAGAUUGCCAUUUGUUACACUGUGGUGCCUUUUGUGCUGCUGUCUGCCGGGCCAUCUAUGAAGUUCUACAGGUCCUGGUACUUCAGUGUCCACAUCGGCUGUGUCCUCCUGGCCGUAGCACUGCCAGUCAAGCCCCGACACCUGCGCCUGAAGGAAGCUCCCGUCCUCUCCCACCAGGACUCCACCUCCACAGAUGGCCACUGCAACCAGAAGACCAAAGCCACAUGAAGCAGAUUCGGAGACCAGUAGCGGUGCACACACACAGAGACUAGCACCAAGGACUGCAGGGACUGUCCAACACAUUAUUAGAGAGCGAGACUGUCCAAGCUGUGUUUUGGAGUGGGAUGACAAUUCUCAUUUGUUCACGUGAGAAGGGAUGGAUGGACUGAAAGCUUUGUGAUUUACCUAUUUAGUGCACUACUUUUGACCAGAGCCCUAUGGGCCAUGGUCAAAAGUAGUGCACUAGAAAGUGAAUAGGGUGCCAAUAAAAUUUGAUUUGAUUUGGAUGCAGCCCCCUACUGUAUUAUGAGGACUAUUGGCUGUGGCUCAGUGGGAUGGAGGGGUCCCGAAUCGAUGAUGAAAUGCCAGUAUUGUACUGUUACUGUAGUAUGGGAGUAUGCAAACUUGCCUUAUAAUCUUUGUCUCUUUCUCCACCCAGUUUUUUUUAAGCUUUUGUGUAUCCUCCUCAAAUUGGAUAUUAUUGUGUGUGCGGUGUUUCUCACUCAAGGUGAACAGGUUUUAGGAUCAGGUGAGAGAGAGUGGAGUGGUGGAGUGGAAUGGUGUUAUAGUCAAGGUAAAAAGCAAAGAUACAGGAAAUUAGGACACAAGAAUUAAAAGAGAAGGAAAACAAGAUGGUGUCCUUGAGGUCUUUUCACAAAAUAUGUAGGGUGUCCAACCCCUCUGCCCAGAAGUGGGUGAAAAAAAACACGCUUUGGUGAUGAAAUUUAACUUCCUUAUGUUAUUAAAUACAUUUGACCAAUACCAAUAUGAUUAUUCAUGUUCUGAAUCGUGGGGACUUUCGCUUUCAUAUCAUUAACAUUAUAGCCAAAAAAGUCAGAUUUUGUUACCUAAUAUGAUAAUAAACACCGAACUCUGUUGACAUAGCGGUGCAGAUUUCUCAUCACUUUUGAAGAUUUUACUUUUUGUGGUCCUCGUCUUCAAAGUUGUUUCCGCGGGUCACAAAAAGCAAAAUUAGCAUGACACAAGCUGAGUUAAAUGUAAAAUUAUUUUAAAAGAAAAAGCUUGGUAUACGCUCAGUGCUCCGUUGACAUUUCAGAGAUAUGCUUGCUUUUGAAAGAAAUCUUCGAUAAAGGACAGGAUUUUGGCAUUAAUAUGAAAAGCGUAUACUAAAAUAUGAAAAUACUACAUGUCAUGUCUUAAUAUCUAUAUCUAUCUUACCUCUAUAUUGUUUCAUGUCCUCCGGAUUCAAGAAGAAAGCCUAGUUGACGGAAUGCAGUUUGCCUUAAUUCAACAACAUCCAAGCCUAGUUGACGGAAUGCAUUUUUUCCGAUUUUUGACCCCCCCCUCCCUUGGCCUCCAUUGAUUUAGUCACCCUAAUUUUUAGAGGCAUGAGGUUUGGACCAUUGGUUCUCUUGGAGGCGUAUUUACACAAUUCAUAUUAUACUGAAGAAAAAUAUGAAUGCAAUAUGCAUCAAUUUCAAAGAUUUUACUGAGUUACUGUUCAUAUAAGGAAAUCAGUCUAUUGAAAUAAAUGAAUUAGGCCCUAAUCUAUGGAUUUCACAUGACUGGGCAGGGGCGCAGCCAUGCGAGGGCAUAGGCCUAACCAAUUGGGAGCCAAACCCAGCCAAUCAGAAUUAGUUUUUCCCCACAUAAGCGCUUUAUCACAGACAGAAAUACUCCUGACCCGUGGUUACACGUGGUCUGCGGUUGUAAGGCCGGUUGGACAUACUGCCAAAUUCUUUGAAACAUUUUUGGAGGCGGCUUACGGGAGACAAAUGAACAUUUAAUGUAAUUCUCCGGCAACAGCACUGGUGGACAUUCCUGCAGUCAGCAUGCCAAUUGCACACUCCCCCAAAACUUGAGACAUCUGUAGCAUUGUGUUGUGUGACAAAACUGCACAAUUUAGAGUGGCCUUUAAUUGUCCCAGCACAAGGUGCACCUGUGUAAAGAUAAUGCUUUUUAAUCAGCUUCUGAUAUGCCACACCUGUCAGGUAAAUGGAUUAUCUUGGCAAAGGAGAAAUGCUGACUAACAGGGAUGCAAAGAAAUGUGUGCCCAACAUUUUUGAGAAAUAAGCUUUUUGUGUGUAUGGAACUUUUAUUUCAGCUCAUGAAACAUGGGACCAACACUUUACAUGAUGAAGUUAUAUUUUUGUUCAGUGUAUUUUACCCAUUGGUCAAAAUAUGCAUUUUGGAUUGGACACCCUACAGUAUGAUGAUUCAUGGUCUCAACAGGGAAGAUUUCCCGAAUUACACCCCUUUUCCUACAUACAGUAAGUAGUACACUUCUUCUGACCAGAGCCCUAUAGUCCCUGGUCAAAGUAGUGCACUAUACAGGGAAUAGGGUGCCAUUUGGGCAACACCCAUGGACUUACUCUGGAUUGUUUGCUUUUACUGGGUGAUAUUAUUGGCUCACUUCAAUGUCACUUCUGUUUUCUGUUGAAUGUCAUUGUGUGUUGUUAUUAUAUAACGGUUUGACACAAUCAAAAUCUGAAAAUAAUGGUUGAAUAGAGAAAGAAACCAUUGAGGGAUUAUUAGGGAAUGUAUCAAUGAUGAUUUAAAUCAGUCACCUAAGCUCAUUUAGCAGGUAAUUCCAUGCUGUGAGAGUAGCUACUAACCCCUUAUUCAUGAAUUGUGUGUGAGCAGUGUGAGAGGGGAGAUGGUCUAGUAUUUCCAUGUGUAGAGGUACAUUUUGUCAUUUCAUGUACUUGUUAUUUAUGUGAUUCUAAUGGACUCGUGGUAUGUUCGACAAAGGUGGAAAGGUAGGAUAAUUAACAUAGGAUCAUGUUGAGCUGGAGGUGAAAGGGACAAAAUUACAGUAUUUAUAGACUGUGCUUCUUCAGACCGUUCUGAUUCUAUUUUCAUUACGAGGGGAAGUGAAAACUAAACCUACUUUAUUCUUGAGUCGAUUGUACGUUUAGGUAAAUAUGGUCAUUGUAAGAAACCUUUGCUUGAGGCUCUGGAGCAAAGAGAAUGGAAUGCUCAUCAUAGUCCCGAGCAGCCAACCCUGCUAAUUGUUCAUCUGGAUGGUUUGUUUUUGUAUAUUAUGUGAUUAAAAGAUGGAUCUUUUUGGAA